GACUCACAAUAAGAUUAGGAUGCCAAAAAAUCCACUGGACCGGCCCAUUAACGUUUAUUAAAAAUGGGCCAGUUUAAACCCACAAAUAUUACAAAACCCUAGUCGUCAACCUUUUCAUCGAGCUAGUGUUGGUGGCCGUCGAUUUUUGGGGAACACCCGAGCUUCAGAAGCAAACAGAGAGCCGCGCCGCCACCGCUGCCGACGCCAUGGGUCGCAUGCACAGCCGCGGAAAGGGUAUUUCCGCUUCAGCCCUUCCCUACAAGAGAACACCGCCCAGCUGGCUCAAAAUCUCCUCUGAAGAUGUUGAGGAGAAUAUCUGUAAGUUUGCAAAGAAGGGUCUCACUCCGUCGCAGAUCGGCGUGAUUCUCCGUGAUUCACACGGCAUUGCACAGGUGAAGAGCGUCACCGGAAGCAAGAUUCUCCGCAUUCUCAAGGGUCACGGACUUGCACCUGAAAUUCCAGAGGAUUUGUACCACUUGAUAAAGAAAGCUGUGGCUAUCAGAAAGCAUUUGGAGAGGAACAGGAAGGAUAAGGACUCCAAGUUUAGGUUGAUUUUGGUGGAGAGCAGGAUUCACCGCCUUGCUCGUUACUACAAGAAGACAAAGAAGCUGCCGCCCGUCUGGAAAUAUGAGUCAACAACCGCAAGCACUCUGGUUGCUUAGGCCAGGGAAGUUAUUAGGUGAGCACCGGAGAUACACAGUAUGCCAAGUCGUGGGCAAAUUAUGGAUUUUGGCAAAGGAUCAUAUCUUUCAAGAAUUUUGUUCUUUGAUUUGACAUUGUUUUACAGUUUUGCUCUUUGAUUUCUGUAUUGUUUUUUGUUUGACUUGUUGGCCAUGAAAUUCAUGAAGAAACUUUAGCUGUCGAAUUUGCUUUGAUUCAAUUUAUAUAUAAUGCAUUUUUGACU